AUUAUUUUGUUUCAGAGGUAUUCUAUCUUGAACGUCAUUUAGAAGGAUGGGAAACAAUGAAUUUUAGUCACCCAGCUAUUAAUAUAGAUGCAGAAGGAAAAAUUGGAAUGGAUUUUGAAGGUCCAUUUUAUGAUAAGAAAUAUCAUAUAAAGAGCAAGACAGAUGUAUUGCCUAGUUAUGAAAUAACUUAUUCGUCUAAACUCACAAGUACUCCAUAUAUGGAAUUAAAUAUUGAAGUUCCUGAAGAUGGAUUUAAGAAUAUUAAAUACAGAACAGAUAUUGCAAGAGAUGGAAGUGGAUUUUCUAUUGUAGGAACUCAUGUUCAUACAGAUAAACCAGAAGAAGUAAAAGAAAAUCUUGCAUUUGCAUUGAAAUUAUUAUCACCUUUCACAAUUUCACUCAAAGGAUAUGAAGAUUUAAAAUUUUCAAUGGAAAUAGCAGAGAAACUUCAUCCUAGGCUUGUUCUUCUAUCAGAAAAAAUAGAAGCUAUAGUGAAAGAUCGCAAUCAUCCUAUAAAUGUUCUUAUUAAAUCUUUAAGAAAACAAUCAAAGAAACAGGAAGAAUUUUAUAGAAAUGCAUUUGAAAAAUUGAAAGAAAAUAGAAAAGAAAUCCGUGAACUGCUUUAUCCAUUUAUACAACCAACUGUUGAAAUGAUUCGUAAUAUAAGAAGAGAAGCAGAUGAACGUACAAAACAAGCACAAGAUAAUUAUGAAUCUUUUACAGUUGCAGGUAAAUAUAAGUAUGCAAGAAUUUCUUAUAUGAUGAUAAUUUUUUAUUUUUUAAAACGUUGAAUAAAUUUGCAAAUUUCUAU